ACUUGAACAAAUCAUUGGCUUCUGUUUUUAUGUCAUAGGUUUAAGUGGAAUAUGCUGACGACCAUUUUCGUGAGAGUGCAAGUUCAGAGACUUUUUCGAGGACUAUUUGUACGUAAAUAAGUAUAUUAUAUCUUUGUGUAACUUGGGAGGAGCGGUAAAGUGCAACAUAUUCGACGUGAGGGGUGAAAACCUAAAAAAACAAUAGAGGAAGUAAGGGCUUGCUUCGAACAUGUUUGCAAUCGUUCAAACAGAUACGCAACUUCGCACGAGUCUUUUUGACAAGCGAUUCUCAAAACUCGAUCGAUGACUAUUGACGAAAGGUUUUUGAACGUAUUAUUUACGGAGAUAGCACGUUCUUCAAUUUGGAGACGGUUUUAAACACUGCAUUGAGCUACAACAGCUUCGAAUUGCUGUUUAUUUUUACUAUGCAGACGUUUAAGCCACUUCGAGAACGGUGCUCUUUGAUAUUGCAGGAUCCGCGGAAAAAGAGAGGGACUUGGGGACUUGAACCCGGGCCUCCUCCGUCCCACACAAGAGCGGUAUUCGCCGCGCCAUCCAGGCCCUGUUGCGCUUUUUACUUUUUCCGGGUCCUUUUCUCGCACACAUAGGAGAGGCGCUCCCGAUCCCACGAUAUAUUGAUCAACAAGUAUAAUUCAACACUGCCGAUUUUGACGGAUUUAUCUCCGAUUACUUGCAAAACAAUGGCUGCUACUUUCGAUCAAUAUGACAGGUCCAGUUGGUACUUUGGUGCAAUGUCACGUCAAGAUGCCUCGGAUUUACUAAUGGGUGAAAGAGAAGGUGGUGUAUUUUUAGUACGUGACAGCACAUCAAUAAUUGGAGAUUUUGUUCUCUGCGUACGAGAAGACAGUAAGGUUAGCCAUUACAUAAUAAAUAAAAUUCAGCAAGGCGAUCAAAUACGUUAUCGGAUCGGAGAUCAAAUGUUUCCUGACAUACCCAACCUUUUGGCUUUUUACAAAUUACAUUACUUGGACACAACACCAUUGAUUAGACCUGCCCCUAAAAAGUUACAAAGGGUAAUAGCAAAAUAUGAUUUUGAAGGGAAUGAUUCUGAUGAUUUACCUUUUAGAAAAGGUGAAAUUCUGACGAUAAUAUCAAGAGAUGAAGAACAAUGGUGGACUGCUAAAAACAGUGUUGGUCAAACUGGUUCAGUUCCAGUUCCAUAUGUUCAGAAGUACGAAGAGGACAAUCAUUCGGUUAUGGAGAAUAAUUCACGCCCAGAAAGCGGUGGAAGUUCAACUUUGAAUUCAAAUUCUGUACAAGUUUCUGCUUCGCAAAUGCCUUUUCUAGAAAGUGGACAAGGGACUACUCGCAGAUCAAACAUUCAGCGAACUUUGCCCGCAUUUGCAAAAGUAAAACAAGCAAGAGUACCAAACGCAUAUGAUAAAACUGCCCUGAAGCUUGAAGUUGGAGACGUGAUAAAAGUUACAAAGACUAACAUAAAUGGCCAGUGGGAAGGUGAAUUACAUGGCAAGGUCGGCCACUUUCCAUUCACACAUGUUGAGUUUGUAGAUAAUGAGACUGGAGAAGACAAUCAGGAGAUUUAACAGAGGUCUUCCAAGUGUGAUGAGCAAUGAAGUUGACUUGGAGAGUUCUAUAAUGACAAUUUAGAUUUACAUUAGCAGCUAACUUAUGUACCGGUACACAGAAUCAGUCCGUUUUAUAAUCCUCUAUAGAGUUAAUACCCUUGAAUAGACCAUAAUUAUAAUUGGAAUUAUUUUGAUCGUUUUCUUAAUAUUUUAUUCUUUAUUUUAAUAACAUUUAUUUUUCCGUUAAAUUUCAUAAAUUCACGUGUUUCAUAAUUAUUAAUAGUUUCGUACUUAUAGUAAAUUUAUAUUAAUCUUAAACCUGUCCUUUGUUAAUAAAUUUCUUUUACAAUAAGGCAUGGACAUCCAAAAGAAAGCUAAACAGAUACAAUUAAAAAUAUCAAAAUAUUCUUCCUAUUUAAUAUCGUAUUAAGUAGAAAAUGUGUUAUAUGUCAAAUAUUGAAGGCAAAUAUCACACUAUGUUAAAGUGCAAAUAACUCAUAUUUUAAAAUAUUUAGAACAAAAUAAAAUAAUUUCACUCAUUAUCAUCAACAUUUUCGUAAUGAUUAUUAUUAUUCAUGAAUGCAAUCGGAGUAUGUUUUAAUGUUUACAUAUUAUUCCUUUUGUUGAAAUUAAGAGCAAUUUUGUUCUAAUUUCUCUAGUCGUAAAGUGACAUUGAAAGAAUGAUAAAACUAUUUACUAUAACUAUUAUUGCUGUUUUUCUUAAGAGUAACAAGAGCAUUCCAUUAUUUUUAUGGAAAUUUUGUACCGGUACAUAUCGUGCUGCUUAGCCAUAGGUUGUGCCGCAUGUGGAACAACAUUUUCUACUAGACCAUAUUCUAUUUAAAGACGGAACUGUUAACCGCAUUACGAUUGUAAUUAUACAUGAAUCAUAUUAAUUAUAUAUUAAUAUGUAAUUAUAUAAGUUGCGAUUACCAUAUAAAUUAUAAGAGCAGAAACUGUGAAUUUACGUCUAUAAAUGAACUGUAUUAUUAUAAUGAUUAUAAGUUUGCGAAUUACUUGUUAAUAUGUAAUUAUACCUUUCAUAAUAGCAUUUUAGUUUUGUAAAAAAUAGUAGCAAUUUUGUCGUUCCGCUUUCUACUAUAUACAUUAAUUCUACUGUAAUCAUAGUCAUAUUUGAUUUAAUUAAUGUAAAUUAUAUAUCAUUAAUAUAUAAUUAUAUAAGACGACCAUAUAGUGAUUUUUGUAAGGAUUACAACAUCAAAGUUUUUGUUUAAAAAUCGGUUUAAUUAUAGAAUUAGUAUAAAUGCAGUUAUGUAUGUAUAAAUACAUUUUAAUAUAUAUUUACAUAUUAUUAUAUAUUUGUAUAAAUUGUAAUUUUAUCUUACAGUUCCAUCAAUCGUUUCUCCGAUAUUUUUAUACAGAAAACUAACAAUUUUCGAUUUCUGCUCAUGAUGCUAUGUAUUAAUCGCAUUUAAGAAUAAUUGUAUGUAAAUUGCGUGUACGUUAUGUAUAACCAUGUAAGAGAAAAAAAAAAGAAAUAAUUGUAAUUUUCUGUA